GAAGAACAAGUCGGAAAAAUAUGAAAAAGAUUGCGAAAGGUCAGAAAAAGAACCGCGAGUACAUCGAUGAAAGAUGCGAUCGUUAAUACGAACGUCGAAUUAAAAAAUGAAGAAACAAUCAGAGCAAAAUACACGGUAGUUGUGCAAGUAUAGCCGAAAGGGGUAGGUGAUUCGUGGUUGCUCGUCAGAGCGAUCGGUUCUCGUCGGUGGCGCUCGCCUAGGUUCGUCGAAACAACGCUUGCGCUAUGUUACCCGCUUGACGUAGCAAGAUGGCGGCGGCGUGUCGGAGGCGUCUCCGUCCGCACAGUGCUCGACGUCGAGCAGUCCGCGUACGUUCGCAACAACGUUUCACCGCAUUAAUGUGGUAGUGUAUCCGGAACACCGUACACGACCGUGGCCACAGUGUAAUCUCGUGUUUCAUAUCGUAAAUCAUCAACAAUCAGAGAAACAACGUGCAACGGCGGGACGUCGCGAUCAGUGCGAGGAACAAGGAAAACCCAGUAACAGUGUGAACUAGAUUGUCCCGUUCGUAAUAAUUUCGGUUGAUUUAGCUCGUGGUGCGUGUUUUUCGUCACCCCCCUUUUCCCUAUCCUUCCUACACCUUCGUUUUUUCCUCCUUUCUUCACCCUACGUUUCUCUAUCUCUCUCUCUUGUUUCGCGUCCCUCUUUUUUUUCUCAAUUUCCAUCUGAAAAAUUACUCGCGAGACUCGGCUCUGUACAUAUACAUAUACACGCGUGUUGUACCGUCUGGUCUGAUUCGUUUUGGUAGCCCGUGUAUUUCUUAUCCGUCCCUAUUCUCCUUGGAAUCACGGUGAAAUGCUCGUAACCGAUUGUGCCUCGAGACAACGACGAGGACGUCGCGCCUGUCGUUGGUGUACGAUUCCUUGACGAGCACGGGAUACGUGCAAACCGGCGCAUGCACUGCAGCCCCUGCUACUAUGAUAAUAACGAGAAAGGUGGCACGGUGGGCGCUCCUCCUGAAGCGAGAGGCGCUCGGCCGAAACUACGGUGCACAAAAGCGGUCAGAACAAGCACCCUCCGGUGUCACAGCGAUGCUGCCUCGUUCCGGCCGGGUAGAUGACAACAUCGACACCGACACCGACACCGUGGCCACCGACCUGCACAGGACCAGCAGCCGCGUCGCGUUGGCGCUGCCGUUGCCGUUCCCGUUCCCGUACUACUAUCACUAUUACUAUCACUACAACCCUCGUGUUGGCAUCGCAGCCUCAAAGUCGUUAUUCAAGCUAGAUCGCCGCACGCUCGACAAAGACCACGAGGACGACUUGCCGAUACCGGUCGAGAGGAUCGACGAACCGCAAGGGAAAGCUACGUGUGCUAAGUUGUUAGCCGCAUCGACCGAGCUAAAAACGAAGGAGCAACAGGACGUGGAACACGGUGAACAGGAAACGGAGAACGUGCCGAGAGGAAUAGAGAAGGAAAUAACAGUGUUCGCGAGCGUGGACAGUAACUGCCUUAAUUAUCAGAACGUACGAGCACGAUUUUCUGCAUGACCAACAGCCCCUUUCUCUCUCUCUCUCUCUCUCUC